AUGAGCUCAAAAUCCACCCCGACGCCCAACGCCGCAGCCCUCUCCCAUACUCCUCUCCGGCGGCGCGCCCCGACACUCACCUACCCACCGGCCCACGCGCGUCCACCCCUCUCCGGCCCGCACCUCCUCACUCGCCUCCUCCACCACUACGGCCGCGCCCACCUCCCUCAAGAAGCCCUUUCCCUCUUCAACUCCCUCUCCUCCCCCAAAACCCAGACCCUCAAUUUCCUCCUUAACGCCCUCGUUGACAAUGGGCUCGUCGAUGAAGCCCAGUCGAUCCUCUCUAACACAAAAAUCAAACCCAAUGUUGUUUCUUAUAAUAUACUACUCAAGGGGGUGAUGGAAAAAGAUGGGUUUGACCUUGCACGACAGGUGUUUGAUGAAAUGUGCAAGAGAGGUGUUCGGCCUUCGGUUGUGAGUUAUAAUAUGCUUAUUGGGUUUGUGGGUAGGAGCGGGGAGUUGGGUGAGGCGGUGAGGUUGAAGGAGGAGAUGACCCAGAAGGGGAUUGAGCCGAAUGCAGUUACGUAUGGGAUUUUGAUGGAGGGGCUGUGCGCGGAGGGGAGGUACGGGGAUGCGAGGAAAUUGAUGUUUGAUAUGGAGUAUCAAGGGUGCGAGACUGAGGUGAGAAAUUAUGGGGUUUUGAUGAGUGAUUGCGGACGGAGAGGGGAUUUUGAGGGGAUGAGGGAGUUGAUGGCAGAGAUGAAGAGGAGGAAGAUGAAGCCAGAUUGGGUUAUAUAUAGCAUCUUGGUCAAUUAUUUGUGUGGCAGAGGGAGGGUUGAUGAGGCAUAUAAGGUGUUUGUGGACAUGCAGAUGAAAGGGGUUGAGGUGAGAGCGGCGGUGUAUAGGAUGAUGGUAGAUGGAUUUUGUCGGGCGCGGAGGUUUGAUAUGGGGUUGAGAGUUUUGAACGCGAUGCUCUCAAGUGGGCAUUGCCCUCGUGGGGAGAGUUUUAGGGAUUUGAUUGUGGGGCUUUGUGAGGAUGGGAGGGUGAGUGAUGCUUGUUUUGUUUUGGAGGAGAUGGAGAAGAGGAAGAUGGUGUUGGAUGGAGAGGGAUGGGGUGCUCUAGUUCAGGCGUUUUGUGGAGGAUGUAAGGGUAAUAUUGAUCUUCUAAGGGAAUUAACUUCUAUGGAGUAUGUUGAUGAUGGUGGCAGAUAAUUUUAGCUUGAUCAAGGUGCCUCUGACUGGACUUCUGUUGCCAACUUGUUCUUCCAAAUGUCCUUUUUUGGAUAGCAGAGGAGUAAUGAGGUGGACUGUGCAAGUAAGAAGAGAGACAUUGCACCAUUUCUAAGUGAAAGAGAGUUUUGAUACAGAUAUCUAUGCCAUUAUGUGGAUGUCUAUAACGUGAAUCUUACAAUGCACAUGCUGUACUUCCUUUGCUGUCUUUAGGUGGAGAAGGGGAGAGAGAAAUCUAGACAAGGAAUUUGAGAGCAGAAUUCCAGGGUUGCAUUUUGCCUAUUUAAGAACAACUGACUCUGUAAAGGUGAGUGAAUUUGGAUUAAACUAGGCCCAUUGUGAUGCACUGCUUAUGAAGCUGGACGUCAAUGUCAUUGCAAUGUCACUUAAUGGUGAAGAUGCUUUUUAGCUGGGUCCUUGUUUGCUAUGCAGUGCCUUGAAUUUCCAACGCGAGAUGGUGAAGAUGCUUUUUUUAGCUGGGUCAAAGUUCUUGUUUGCCAUGCAUUGGCUCGAAUUUCAACUCCAACUCGGGAAAGAAUCCCACAGAGGACCCUCUAUGCAAAAUUGUAUGAGAAGGACAUCGUGACAUGCAUCCAUCAGAGAUUUUUUACUUGGCGACUGAUAGAGUAGUGUGAUUUUACUGAUGCAGUAUUGGUGAUUGCAUUAAUACAAUACUAUGAUUGUACUGAUACAAUACUCUGAUGCAAUACUCUGAUAUCAGUGAUAUCAAUUCCACUGAUAUGUAUUAACGAUUGAAUUGAUGUUGAAUUGGCGAUGAGGCACGUGUCAUGCUCUUUUUUCCUCCUCCCCGUAUGAUCUUCCAUGGAGAGUUCUCUAUAGGUCUUUUUCCGUGUUGUAGUACAGACAAUUCUAGCUGCGCAGCAAGUGUGCUGACUUUGCUAGGUUCCUCUUGGAGAGAAUUGGAUCAAAUAUAAAGUGCAACAGAUGAUAGAGUUGUCUCUCCAUUGACUUUAUAGUACUUCUCUUUUCCUUCAGGCAUCAGUUUUGGAACUUUGUUGAAGAUAAUGUUCUUGCUUGUAUGGAUCACUUUACUGAUAAUGUUCUUGCAUUUGUGGAUCGCUUUACUGUCUGUCAUGUCUCCUCUUUGAACUACUGGUGUUUGCACAAGCAUCAAGUUUGUGAGAAUCACGCAUUUAAGACAUGAAUAAAUAUUGGCCCGUUUGGU